UCCAUCGUCAGCGACGUAACUCCAAUUCAGCGGUCCCAGUGACGUCGUGAUCGUUUCAAAAACGAACACGUGACCAAUCAGCCCCUCGAGUUUAGUGGUAAGAAUGGAAAAGCUCUGAUGCUGCCCGCCCGAAAACACCUCGCGUUUGAUUAACGUGCCCGUUUCACGCGCUGUCGCGUUGAACAUUAACCACGCAACCUGAACGACCAAGAUCGCACUUCGCGGGGAUGAUUAUACGACGCUGUCAACGUGUCCGCUCCUAUCGAAAAGCAUAAAUCAACCAGGAGUAGUCGGACCCUGUAAUAAACGACGCUUUAUCAAAUUGGCCAAUCGAUGUGCCCAAGUUCUUUAAUUCUCUGUGUGGAAUCUGACGGUUCCAAACAACGUGGCGGUUACGCCGAAACGUUUUCGCUGCAGGAAAAAAACUGAGUUCAAAAUAGCGACGAACGAAGAUUCAUGAAAAAAUCGCAACGAUUCGUUCAUCUCGACCGCCGCUUUUCUACCUCGGAAUUUAAGCUGAUGCAGGAAAUUCUACUGACAUAAUUCACUCGAGCAAGCAUAAAAAAGUUUGACGACGUUCGGACCUGACGAUAAGUUAUUCAAGUGGACUUUCGACUCGCCUCGAUGUUUAUGAAAAAAAGCACAAGAGAAACGUUUUAUCCUCAAUGAAACAGAUCGAAAGUAAAACACGUCGAACCGAAGCUACGUGACUGGAAAAACAAAACCGUGGCUGUCGAGGCGAUGAAAGCUCUCCGCGAUUUUUACGAAGGGGUUGGAAUUAGCUGGAAAAAAAUUGCUUCGCCGUGAAGUUUGGGAUUCUGUGCACACGAUGCUGAGAGCGGCGAGCUUUUAAUCCGGCAGAAAACCGGACGCGAUAUCGCCGUCGCUUCGUUCAGUUUCAUGUCGAUUUGCUCUGUUCCAGUCACCGUUUUCUCGCUGUUUUGCGGCUGUCCAACCCAAAGUCAAAUAACUCUAUAAGGUGUGAGAGAGAGAGGAGAUGAAGUCAGGCCGAAAAUGGCGAACAGGAAGACCGGCUUAUCGCUCACGGAUCGCCUUCCGAUCUCAAGAAUCUCCGACAGUCAAGAGCGUAAAAUAGUGAAGGCUUGCAGGAAUCGGAUGAUCGUAGCGUUCGUCAGUGCAGAGAUGAAAAAAAUGUGUACAAGUGAAGGGUAAACGAUGAGAGAGCUGUAAUUCCCGUGAAAUUUUGUGGAAAAAAAAAAGAAAAAGAUCGUGGGACAACGCAGAGGCCUUGAUGAUCAGAAGCUAGCGAAACUUUGCGAAUAAUUCGACUAAAAGCUGGGGGAAAGUAUCGGUGAAUAAACGGCGUACGAAUUUCUUCUAAAUAUACAAUCAGUUCCAUAAAGUUCACCAAAAUGGACGGCAUUUGCAACACUUCGAACGCUACCGUCUGCACCUUCAAUCAGUCGAGCCCCGACGAUUUUGGGUUCGGAUUCGACCAUCAGCUGCUCCACAAUAUCGUCUCGGUCGUCGUGCCGCUCCUAUUCGGCGUCAUCGGGAUCGUCGGACUCCUUGGAAAUUUUCUAGUCGUUAUUGUCGUUGCGGCAAAUCCCGGGAUGCGAUCUACGACAAAUUUGCUGAUAAUCAAUCUCGCCAUUGCCGAUUUGUUGUUUGUGAUAUUUUGUGUACCGUUCACCGCGACAGACUACGUCCUGCCUUUCUGGCCCUUUGGAAAUUUGUGGUGCAAAGUUGUUCAGUAUUUAAUCAUCGUCACUGCCUGCGCCAGUGUUUACACUCUGGUCCUCAUGAGUCUCGACAGGUAUCUCGCCGUGGUCCACCCCAUAGCCUCGAUGUCCGUGCGAACAGAGGCCCACGCAUUUUUCGCAAUAUGUAUCGCGUGGGCGGUCAUUCUGACGGCCUCGAUUCCAGUCCUCAUCAUGCACGGCGAGAUUUGCUUUGUCUUCCAGGAUCAGUACAAUUCCACAACGGAGCAGGUGACGGCCUGCCGAUUUCUUCCCCAGUUCAACUGGCCGAUGUUUCAAGUGACGUUCUUCCUGACCAGCUACAUCAUCCCCCUGACUCUUAUCUGCGGCCUCUACGUCUGCAUGCUGCUCAGGCUCUGGAAAGGAGCUCACGUCAGCGCCGAGAGCAGACGCGGGAAGAGAAGAGUCACCAGGCUCGUCUUGGUCGUCGUUGGUGUUUUCGCAAUCUGCUGGUGUCCCAUUCAGCUGAUCCUGGUGAUAAAGUCCCUGGAUCUUUACCCGAUGACGGCAGCCGCGGUCAUGGUCCAGAUAGUCAGCCACGUCCUGGCGUACACAAACAGCUGCGUCAACCCGAUCCUCUACGCGUUUCUCAGCGAUAAUUUUCGCAAAGCAUUCCGCAAGGUUAUCUACUGCAGACCUCGCCCCGAUCCUCAUCAUCGCCUGGGAGGACCGUCGACGAAAACAACCCGGGCAGCCAGCACGGGUGACAUACUAUAGAAAAUGAAAACUUGUUUCUGAUUUCAGGUUAGAAUGAAGCUAGGCAACAAAUUGUUUCACCGCAACGUGGAUGUAAAGGUAACUGAGUUAUAAAAAAUUACAUAUA